AUGUCUUGGAACUGCCCCAAAAAGACCAAACAGAAUGCUGAUAGAGCUCAACAGCAAGGUCGUAUAUAUGCUAUCACGGCGAAUGAUGCUGCUAAGUCGGAUACUUUGAUCAGAGGUAAAUGUGAAAUUAGUGGUAAAGUGUUAACUGCAUUGUAUGAUACUGGAGCAUCUCAUUCAUUGUUCGACUUUAAUAAAGCUGCUGAGUUAAGGUUAAAGGUGUCGGCAUUGUCAUUUGAUUUACAUGUGCGUACUUCUGCUUCUAAAACUGUGGUGACUAAAAUAGGAUGCCAAGAAGUUCCUUUUAGGGUGAAAAACCAAGAAUUUGUUCAUGAUUUUAUCUAUUUUCCAAUAACUGAGUUAGACUUGAUUUUGGGCUUGGAUUGGUUAUCGAUGAAUCUGGUGUUGUUGGAUUGCUUUGAGCGUUCUAUCUGGUUUAUAUAUGAGGAAUCAAAAGGACCGGUGGUGGCACGAAGUUAUUAUUUAUGGUGA